GCCGGGGCGGGAGGAGGGAGGCUGCGGAGAAAGCGCGGAGCCGAGCGCAGAAGCGCCGCGCGGUAGCCGAGGCACCCACCGACGGGCGCAGCGGGAGCGAGCGGAGCCGGGAGGCGCGCUCCGGGCAGAGAGAGCCGAGCCGGCCGGGCGCCCUCCCCAGUCCCUGCUCCCGCGCCGCGCCCCACCGGCCAGCAUGAGGCUCCUGUCGGCCGCGCUGCUCCUGCUGCUCCUGGCGCUGUGCGCCGCACGCGUGGACGGGUCCAAAUGCAAAUGCUCGCGAAAGGGGCCCAAGAUUCGCUACAGCGAUGUGAAGAAGCUGGAAAUGAAGCCAAAGUACCCGCACUGCGAGGAGAAGAUGGUUAUCAUCACUACCAAGAGCGUGUCCAGGUACCGGGGUCAGGAGCACUGCCUGCACCCCAAGCUGCAGAGCACCAAGCGGUUCAUCAAGUGGUACAACGCCUGGAACGAGAAGCGCAGGGUCUACGAAGAGUAGGGUGAAAAAUCCCGCAUGGAAAAACGUCACACCAGCUGGGAGAUGAGCGAAGGACUCUGCAGAUU